AUGCUUCACGGAGCGCGAAUAUCCCUCGUCGUAGCCACAAUCGCCCUGCUCAGCGGCUUUGUAACCGGAACCGCCCUCGGAGUAGUCAGUGGCUACGCAGGAGGCUGGUUAGACGAAAUUGUCACCCGCUUGGUGGACAUCUGGCAGGCGCUGCCAUUCCUCAUGGUCGCGCUCGUCUGCGUCCUCAUCUUUGGACAGAGCACCACACUGCUUCUCGCGCUAAUGGCGGCCCUUGCGUGGAAUCCGUUUGUCAGGGUCAUUCGCAGCCAAACUCUUACCAUCAAGAACAAUGCGUAUGUGGACCUUGCGCGUGUCGCCGGAUGUUCCACCACACGCAUCCUGAUCCGCCACAUCCUGCCCGGUGUAAUAAACACGGCAGUCGUCAUUGCGACACUCAGCGUCGGUUCGCUCAUCCUUGCCGAAGCCGCCCUCAGCUUCCUCGGCGCGGGCGUGCCGGCUCCCGAUGCGACUUGGGGCAGCAUGGUCUUCUCCGAAGGCAGGGGCUACAUCAGCACCGCUUGGUGGCCCACUGUCUUGCCCGGACUCGCCAUCUUCUUGGUCGUGCUCUCACUCAACUUCACCGGCGAUUGGCUCCGCGACCGACUCGACCCCAGACUCCAGCAGAUAGCCUAA